CUGCGUGUGUGUGUGUGUUUUCAGCCUCCAUGUGUCAGCUUGGUUGCCGCUGCAGCAGUGCGAGGACGGAGCUCGUAUGAAGCGUCGCUGCGUUCCUCUGAGAGCCGACCACAAGCUGCUGACCCCCGACACACACACUCUGUCGGGGGUCCGGCUGCUUCCGUUCGUCCAGCUGCGCUCGGAGGUCUCGGCUCCAUCCGAACACCUGAGUGACUCGUCCAGCAGCAAACAGUCAGCCAAGUUAUCGAGGCGUCGCCCAGCAUCGUCUCCGACCCGCCGUCUGAGAUUCGAGGAUGAAACGGAGACAGAGGCGGAGUCUCGAUACCUGGAGCGCCAGAGAAGGCGGGCCGGGCAGCGAGGGACGCCGGUGCUGAUGUCUAAACCGCACCUGAACCGGUAUGUUUACGGAGCGUCGGGGGCGGGGCCUGUCGGAGUCAGCAUACCUGUACCUGAAGACCGGGGGCGAACUCUGCACAGGCCCCGCAUUCACCUGCUGACUGAGCCAAUCAGAGAGACGUAUAUUGGCUCCGUCAGACAUGGGGACACCAGGGUGGUAGGGGGCGGGGCUUACCCCCAAGUGAGGAGAAGGACCAAUCAUAUGGAGAUAAAUGGAAACCCCAUGCCCAUCAUAGACCUGCCAAUCAACCCCUACGCUCCUGACCAGCUGACCACGCCAACGUCCUACUUGGCCCCGCCCCCUGUGGGAUCAGUGAUUACGUUACAGAGCAUAAACUGGAGAGAGGUAGUGCCAAACCAGAACAAGAACCAGAACCAAAACCAGGACCUGGACCAGAACCAGAACCAGAAUCAGAACCAGAACCAGAACCAGGAGCACGACAAAGGGGGUCCAGCUGCAGCACAGCCCCACAAAGAGCUCCACAGCUGGGCAGCACUGCAACAGAGAAGCCCCUCUGUUGAGGUUCAGGUCCAGAGCUCCACCGCUGUGAAAACAGCUCCGCCCCCUGCAUACAGAGAGCCAAUGAGAGCAGAGAUUAACGCUGACGACUCUUCCCUUCCUGAACGCCUCGGCAGCAGAGACGAUUCCUCUCGUCUCUCUCUGCGUCGUCUCUUCUCCAGCGUCAGACUCAGCGGGACUCGAACCGGCAGCCUUGACCGCCUCAGCUUCAGGCCACGCCCCGCUGCAUCAGAUCCCGCCCCCACAGCAACCAGGAAGUCCUCCAGCCACUCUCCCAGUGUGCAGGGGCCGCCCUUCCUGCAGUUGAGGAAGUCGUCAUCCGUUCAGAGUAUCGUGUCGGAGAUUAAGAAGAAGAAGAAGAAGGAUCGCUCUGCGGACUACAGUCGAGCUGCUGAGCCUUUCUCUCAGAGGUCUCUCACCCUGCAGGACGUCGGUUCUCCCUCCUCAGCUCGCUGUGUGGGUCGGGUUCUUCAGGUUUCUGCUGACGGCUCGGUUCUGUUGGAGCUGAACCGACCCACCAGCCGGACGUUCGGAUUCAUCAUCAGCCGAGGGAGAGGACGCCGGGACUCAGGUGUGUACGUGGAGGACAUGCUGGAUGUCAGCACGGAGAAGCUGUUCUCCGGGCUGCUGGCGGUGGGCGAUGAGGUUCUGGAGGUCGACGGGCAGAAGGUGUCCGGCCUCAGUCUGGAUCAGGUGACCAGUCUGCUGACCCAGAACACCGUCACCACCAUCAGGGUGCUACGCACACCUCCACGCUGAACACCACAGAAUGAGAGAGGCUAACAAGACAGCUGAAAAGCACAGAAGAAGAAACCCUUGUUUACAAAGACAGCUGAAAACCACAGAAGAAGAAGAAGGUCCACAACAGUUUACUGUAAUACUUUAAAGCAGCGUCAUAAUACCAGCUGCUAAUCUGAUAUCAGUUAUUAAAUCCUGGAAGUGAUUUCUUUGAUGACCUUUAGGACUUAAAAUGUGUUUCUGAUUUGAACCCUUGUGCCUCUUCAGACCUGCUGUAAAUAUAAACUUAAGUAAUGUUAUUCAACUCAUAAACAUUGAACAAGUAUUCACAGUAUUUAAACCUCCGCAGUAUUUCUGUACACUUUAAAUGUAUGUUUAUCAUUUCUGACAAAUAAAGAUGCACCUUUUAAAUGUU